AUGGAAAAACUACCCCUUCACUCAGAAGAGGCCAUAGAGGCUUCUUCAGAGCCCAGGUGGACUACUCAAAGACCCCGACCCAGCCGAAAUACUAUGAUAUGGCGUUAUACCGUUGUCUUCACCUUCCUUAUUUGCUACUACCUACUCCUCAGGCCAACCGUUUAUGAACCCAGCACCCCUGGACAUGUUCCCCGCUUUACUCCAGCACAGAAAUUUUGGCCUUUCUUCGAAGAAAAUACACCGGAAGAACAAACACCUGUAGAACAACCGCAAAGCGAGAGCCAGGGGUACCUCGAAAACCUGCAGGAUCAGCAACGCCCUCUCGCCGGCACUGAGGAGCAUUUUGAGUCAAAGAUUCCGCUGGAGGCGCAUAUCAUGAGCAAAUGCCCCGACGCCAAAGAUUGUCUCCAAAAGUUGGUCCUACCAGCGAUGGAGCAGAUAAGUGAGAAGGUUGCCUUCAACCUUUCCUUCAUUGCCAGCGUCUCUAAAGAAAGCUCUGAAAUCGAAUGCAUGCAUGGGCCUGGUGAAUGUAUUGGUGACAUGCUUAUGCUCUGUGCUGCGAACCUCCCUUUCCCUCCCACUGCAGAUGAAUCACUAUUACCCCAAGCAUAUCCGCGCACUCCUAUCAUUCGGUCCCUCGGCUUUGCCAACUGUCUCAUCAACAACUAUCCACGUAUUCCAGAUCGUGACUUUGUUCACGAAUGUGCGUUGGAGCAUGGCAUCGAUUUCGAUUCCCUGAACAAGUGUGCCAGUCAGCAGGACGAUGCCCCUAGCGGUGGUGGCCAAGGACAACCUUUCCUCAGCGGACUUGCGCUUCUGCGAGAAAGUGCUUUACAUAGUCAGAAGCUCGGAGCCAAAACCAGCUGUACUGUGCGGCUGGAUGAUACCGUUUGGUGUAUUCGGGAUGGUGGUAAAUGGAAGGAUUGUGUCCAGGGUGGACAGGGUGCCAAUCCCCAAAUGUUGAUUGAUGAGGUCAACCGACUCUGGAAGGAACGAAAUUGA